CACGGAUAAGAGUUUGUUGGCGAAGGAAUCUGAAAUGAAAUUCGCCCCAUGGUGGUAUAAUCAUGCUUGUCACACUGUUGGAACUCCUGCCAUCAUAAUUGACGCUUUACUGUGGAGACCAACAAUCGUUCCUAUAUCGAACUCAGUACUGCUUCUUCUAGCAUACUUCGGUGGAUAUGUAAUCUAUGUGGAAUACCUUAUACGCAUCCAUCGUUUAUACCCUUAUCCCAUACUUGCGGUUUUCUCGGAUAUUGGACGAUUUGGAUUUUAUUCAGUGAUGAUCAUCGCUACUGUCCUUUGCUUCGGAGUCGGUGUACUGAUGGUUCGCUCUCUAAAUAAGACUCAACAUAAAAGGUUCACUUCAAAAACACAACAACGAACAGAGCGAAAAGAGUCUAUUCCUGUUCAGAGUAAACACAAGAAAUCUAAGAAGAUGGAUUGA